UCGCGCAGCAGAGCCACGGAGGGCUGUUCGACUUCUCAAUGGACUGGAACACGGAGGACUUCCUCCGCUCUCCCAGUGGUCCGCUCGAAAUCAGUAUUGGCCGCCUUUCGCCUGUCCAGCACGAGGCGAACGAUUUCCAGCAGGAGCAGUUCGCGCAACUCUUACAGCAGUUCGACUUCUCGCAGGUGAACGAGGCGUCUGGGUCCGGUUUGAGUAUCGUAGAGCGAGACUACGAGGAGGCUGGACCUCCGUCGCUGGAUAACGAUGCGCAGCGCGGGAGACAGAGGACGCGAAUGAGCAAGCGAGAGAGCAGCCUACCUCCAGAAGAUGCGCCCGAGUCACUGUUCCAGUAUUUGCAGCUGAAUGCACAAGUCUACGACCAAGAGGAGCCCUACGCGCCGCACCACAUGCAACCUGUGCUCACUGCAGAUGUGAUACCUUCGUCAGAGUGCGAGGAACCUACUCCGGCCAUGAGGACGAUGCCGGGUGGUUGGGGGACGGAUGCUGCGUGAAUUCGAUGCGAACACCCAUGCUACGAUGGUUUCCAAAUGGCGAAUGACGUGCGGGUGGGCUCGGAUUCUCGCUCUGGGUCUUCAUGCUGAGUGGCCCGCUCACUCACUCGUCUACUCUGCGCACGCACACGUCGGCUCGGUCUUCAUCUCGAGAGCGGCCAUGCGUGCAGGUCAGACCCUCUUGAACGGACACCAGGUGCUUUUCCAAUGCUACGUGUUUCUUACGGUGAAACCCUCGCUUCGUUCCUCUAGCUAUGUGACGCGCUUCUUUGGACUUUGGGCUUUGCGUCUGCGCAGCCUGACAACCG